UUCUUGAUGACAACCACGACACUUUUUAACUUAAAAUCACACGACGCUACAACGCAUCACACUAAACAACUAUCUAUGGUACAAACUCGAGCUUAAAACAUGGCUGAGCAGAGGAAAUCGAUCUCGUCGACAGACAGCCGCCCUUGGUGGGCGACGGGGGAGUUGACUGGCACGGGUUCGGGGUCGCACACGUGCUCGAGCUUGAUGGACAUGCCAGACACGAAGCUGGUGCUGCUCCACAGGUCGUCUUUGAAAAUGCCGUCGCAGCUGUCGACCGACAAUCGUCCGUCGUACGAGUCGGUGUCCGAGAAGAACUCGCCACAGUCGCGGUGGCCACCGAACGAGUGGCCGGACAAGAGGAUCUCGACCUUGCCAUGUUUGUGUGUGGACUUGGUUUCCUUGGCGACGGAUCGCUUUUGGCGGUCAAACUUGCGCUGGAUGCGGUUGGCCUUCUCGCGGUGAAACAGACACAGUUGAUGGAAUUGGCCGUUGCGUUUGAACGAUCGGUCGUUGAGGCACUUGCCCGUCUUGUAGCGGCAUUUGCCACUGUCGUUCAUGUCGUUGGACGAGCAUACUAUGAGGGUCUUGGAUACAGCAACCAUGUUGUGUGAGGGCGAAAGGAAAUUGAGCUUUGAGCA